AUGCACGUGCUCCUAACCAAUCUCCUUCUCUGCGUGGCAGCCGCGCAUGGAACUGACGAGACGAAAACCUCUGCGUUCUCGCCAGAAUCUUACAAACCAGAAAAUGUAAUUGACCGCGAUGUCGCAAUUAUCGGCGGUGGUUCUGCCGGAACAUACAGUGCUGUAAGGCUGGUGGACCACAACCUCACUGCCGCCGUCAUGGAGCCCAAGGCCCAGCUCGGAGGCCACGCUGAGACCUAUACCGACCCUAGUGGGUGGACUGUUGACAUCGGGGUCGUGGUGUUUGAACCAUUCAAGCUCCACACCGAUUACUUCACCCGCUUUGAUGUCCCUCUCAUUCCGCGGUCAAGUCUCCCAUCAAGUUCUGCUCAAUUUAUGAACUUCGAGACAGGAGAGGCGGUGGAAUAUGUGACAGGAUACGAUCUGAAUUAUCCAGUCGACGAAGACCUUCUACUGCCUUUCCACGAGUUCGCCGACAAGUGUAGCCUAAGUGGAGCCUUGAGAUCCAUCUAUCAUUUCGAACAAGGAUACUCCGAAUUCCUAAAACUUUCCACAAUCUACGUCCUGAAGCAGUUCGGGCAAGGGCUGUUUGAGGCCGUCACAACGAGCCCGAAACCAAUCAUUGCGCGCAAGGUGCUGAUCACCGCACCUCUCAUCAAGGUCUAUGACUCUCGGGACAAUUUUGACCUAAGUAAAGAUGAAGAUUCUUUAUUCAAGCAAUUCUUCGCAAAUGGCUACUACACCGGCAUCAUCAAGAACACCGGGCCUCCAGCAAACUUCACAGCAACAGGGGCUGAUCCGGACCAACCCUACGGCAGACCCACGCUACCUGGCCUUUACAGAAUCGCGUCCGUUCCUGCCUUGCCCGGCUUGUUUCAGGUGUAUUAUGGAAUCCCGCAGCCCAAACCCAGCGAGGCUGUGCAGCUUGACAUCGAGGCCAUUGUGGGUAGAAUCCAGAAGGCUUCCGGCGUGCCGCCGAGUAGGCCGGAAUGGGCCAUUUUCAGCGACCACUCCCCAUAUAACACCAUGGUGGAGCCUGAAGCCAUCAGAGCUGGAUUUUACAAAGAUUUGUUGGCGCUUCAAGGAAAAUGGAACACGUUCUAUACAGGUGCUACUUGGGAGACGCAGGACUAG